AUGAGUACCAUUCAAAAUUUGAAGAAUUUCAUACGUCAUGGGAAACAAGCCCGCUUGGUAACUCCCCAUGCCGAGCCAACCACCAAUGUUUCUCCCAUACAUGCCGAGCAUCAACGUCAACCCCAAGGCUCGUACCCUCCUGCCGCAGGUAACCUAGAUGCCAUUGACAGCAGGCUUGGGAACGGUCAAGCUCAAGCACCUCAAAAGUCGGCAGCGGACUCGCAGACCAAGCGUGUCCGUGAUUUAGAGAUCGAGCAGAUUGUCGCCGAGGAGAGAAGCCAACGAAACAAAAUGCCCAAGUAUCCAGGACUGGAGCGCUGGAUCUUGACGGACAAGAUGGGCGACGGCGCCUUCAGUAACGUCUAUCGCGCUAAAGAUUCGACGGGGGAAUAUAACGAAGUAGCCAUUAAAGUCGUCCGCAAGUUUGAAAUGAAUAGCAAUCAGCGCGCCAACAUUUUGAAAGAAGUCCAAAUUAUGCGCCAAAUAGACCAUCCGAACAUCGUCAAGUUGAUCUCCUUUUCUGAAUCACGCCAAUACUACUAUAUCAUUCUGGAACUCUGCCCUGGCGGCGAAUUAUUCCAUCAAAUCGUACGGUUAACCUACUUUAGCGAGGACCUAAGUCGACAUGUCAUCACUCAGGUUGCAAAAGCAAUUGAGUAUCUGCACGAGACUUCCGGCGUCGUCCAUCGUGAUAUUAAACCGGAGAAUCUCUUGUUCUAUCCCAUUCCAUUUGUUCCAAGCAAAGACCCCAAGCCUCUUCAACCCGGUGACGAGGACAAAGUCGAUGAAGGGGAGUUCACCCCCGGAAAGGGAUCCGGCGGGAUUGGUAUCAUCAAAAUUGCCGAUUUUGGUCUCUCCAAAGUCAUCUGGGAUAGUCAAACUAUGACUCCUUGUGGAACUGUUGGUUACACAGCUCCAGAAAUCGUCAAGGAUGAAAGAUACUCGAAGAGUGUCGAUAUGUGGGCUCUGGGCUGUGUGCUUUACACUCUCCUCUGUGGUUUCCCGCCUUUCUACGACGAGAGCAUCCAAGUCUUAACGGAGAAGGUGGCGCGCGGCCAGUACACCUUCCUGUCGCCGUGGUGGGAUGACAUCUCGAAGUCUGCGAAGGAUCUGAUCUCCCAUCUCCUGACGGUGGACCCUGAACAACGAUACUCAAUUAAAGAGUUCUUGGCCCACCCGUGGAUCCGUGGAAGCGACGAAGAAACCCAGGCGGCCACAGACGCUCCCCCCCUGACGACUCCUCUGCCCUCCGCCCGUCAACAGCCGUUGGACGCCUUCGCGGCGGACCAGGCACCAUAUGCUCCAGCCAGCGCUCGACUGUCGGACCAGCCCUCUGCCGGCUUGGAACGCCCCAUGGACUUCCGGUCGCCGGGGGCGAUCAACUUGCGCGAGGUCUUCGAUGUCGGCUACGCCGUCCAUCGUCAAGAAGAAGAAAGUAAGCGGCUGAAGACAUCCCGCGGCCGCGGGGCCAACCCGACCACCGGGUUCCAGUCGGCUCUGAAUCCACUCAACGAGGAUUAUGACGAGGAUAUCCCCCAAGUCACAUAUCAGCCCAUUCACCAGAAUGAGUAUGCGGCGCCGAAGGUCCACAAGGGCUCUCAACAGUCUCGAGAAGUGGCUGCAAUGGAGGCCAAAUUACGAUCCACAAAUCUGGGCACUCACCCGAGCGCUGCCGCCCAAGCACGACAGGCAUACCAGCCUCGACAGCCGCAGCAGGGCUACGGCACACAUAGUGCUAAGGUGGCGGCGGCAGCGAAGCAGAAUAUCGCUCGGUCGUCGCGGCAACCUUUCGAACUCAGUCUGGAUAACGCGACGUUGUUAGAGAGGAGAGGUAGACGGCAUCAGGUUGUCUAA